CCCCCACGGCCCCCCUCCUCCUCCCUCUUUCCAUCGUCCUUCCUCCUCCCUCCUCCUUCUCCGUUCGCGUGCAAUCCGAGAAGCCUUUGACUGUUCCAUCGUCGUCGUUGUCCUCCUCCUCCCGAUUCCGCGUUCGUCGCGUCCCCUGUGUUGCUCAUGGCUCAGCGCGGAUCGUACGGCCUCAGUCCUCAGCUAGAUAUUGAACAGCUACAAGUGGAAGCUCAACAUCGAUGGUUGCGACCUGCUGAAAUAUGUGAAAUUCUUCGCAAUUAUCAGAAAUUUCAGAUUGCUUCCGAGCCUCCAACCCGACCCCCAAGUGGUUCACUCUUUCUCUUUGACCGGAAGGUGCUGAGAUACUUUAGGAAGGAUGGGCAUAACUGGAGGAAGAAGAGGGAUGGAAAGACGGUGAAGGAAGCACAUGAGAAGCUGAAGGUUGGAAGUGUAGAUGUACUGCACUGUUACUAUGCGCAUGGUGAAGAAAAUGAGAACUUUCAAAGACGCAGCUAUUGGAUGCUUGAGCAGGAUUUGAUGCACAUUGUUUUUGUCCACUACUUGGAAGUUAAGGGAAAUAGAACAAGUGUGAGUGGCGUGAGGGAAAAUGAAGAAGGUGCCAGAAGUUUCCAAAAGGACAGUCCUCCCUCAUAUAGCUACUCCAUGAAUCACAGCGCCGCUCUUUCAGGAAAUACUGAUUCGACCAGCCCAACUAGCACUUUGACAUCACUAUGUGAAGAUGCUGAUUCAGGAGAGAUUCACCGAAAUAGUUCUGGUUUACAUCCAAUUCCUUCAUCACUACAAAAGGAGAAAGGCUCCCCAAUGAACAACAAUGCCAUGUCCUCAAGUACCUAUUUCCCAAGUUCCUAUCCAGAGAAUCACGAAGGUUGGUCCUUGAGACCUGAUGUGAAUAUUACCUCAACUAUCAAUGUUGAUGGUUCCACCGAUACUGGUAACGGCAUUCAAUCUCAAAAGUCUCUUGGUUUGGCAUCUUGGGAGGAGAUCUUAAAGGAAUCUAUGUCUGGAUCUGCCUUGGUAUCUUCUCAUGCACCAUCAUCUUCAAGCCAAACAAUUCCUUCAGGAGUUGUCUUUGAACAAGAAAGUAUGGUUCUAAGUGAGCUUUUAGGAGGGGAGAGCGUUUCAAAACAGCAACUUAGCAUUCCUGUGUCUGCGCAACCCCAUUGGCAGGUUUCUGGGGAAGAUGGCCCAUGGACCACGGACCAGUCUUUGGAUCUGGAUUUGGAUUUGACAUAUGAACCAGACAUUAGGUUCCUUGAGCAAAUCAAACAGAAUUCCGAAUCACAGGAUGCUUCAGGUGGUCCUACUCAACAAUAUGAACACCUGGAAGCAAAUGAGGACAGAAAUGUGCCUGUGGGAGGGGAGGUUAAUUAUGCUUUUGCUGCAAAGCGACUAUUAUCUGAUGGAGAGGAUGGCUUGAAGAAAGUUGACAGUUUUUCGAGGUGGAUUUCGAAAGAACUUGGAGAUGUUGUGGAUCUACAAGUGCGAUCUACAUCUGGCUUACCAUGGAGCACCGAUGAAUGUGGAAACGUUGAAGAAUCCUCCUUGGGUCCCUCUAUCUCCCAGGACCAGCUUUUCAGCAUUCUUGAUUUCUCUCCUAAGUGGGCUUAUGGAGAUUCUGGAAUCAAGGUUCUGAUCGUGGGGACAUUCUUGAAGAAUCAACAAGAGGUUGCAAAAUAUAACUGGUCUUGCAUGUUUGGGGAGGUAGAGGUUCCAACAACGGUUUUAACUGAUGGGAUUCUUUCUUGUCGAACCCCAGCUCACGUUAUUGGCCGAGUCCCUUUUUACAUCACAUGUUCUAACAGGUUAGCUUGUAGUGAGGUACGUGAGUUUGACUUCCGAGCUGGAUCUACUAAAGGCUUGGAUAUCAGUGAGAUUUAUGAUAAUGCUCCGGGUGAAAUGCAUCUGCAUUUGCAACUUGAGAGGUUGCUGUCGUCUAAUGCUGCUGGUCAUCCUGAUAAUUCUUUUGAAGGCCUCCUUGAGAAACGGAAAUUAAUUGAUAAAAUCAUAGCAUUGAAGGAUGAAGAGGAGAGGUAUCGGGUCAAUUUGUAUCAGCAUGAAGCAAAGGAGGAGCUCCUUCUGAAGCUUUUGAAAGAGAAGCUGUACUCAUGGCUUCUUCACAAAGUAAUUGAAGAUGGUAAGGGACCAUGCAUAUUAGAUGAUCAAGGGCAAGGCGCGAUACAUUUGGCAGCUGCACUUGGUUACAAUUGGGCCAUAAAACCAAUUUUAAGUGCAGGAGUUAGUAUCAAUUUCCGGGACGUUAAUGGUUGGACUGCACUUCAUUGGGCUGCAUUUUGUGGCAGAGAGCAGACAGUUGCUGUCCUUCUUUCGCUUGAUGCUGCUUCUGGUGUUCUAUCGGAUCCAUCUCCAGAAUAUCCACUUGGCAGAACACCUGCAGACCUGGCUUCUGACAAUGGGCAUAAAGGAAUCUCUGGUUUUAUCGCAGAGUGUAUGUUGACCAGCUAUCUUGAACCGCUUACAGUGAAUGAUCCGAAGGAGGAUUCUCCCUUGGAAGUUACUGAAAAGGCUGUGCAAACGAUUUCGGAGCGUUCUCCAACUCCUCUCGGUGACGGUGACAUGCCGGAUGUACUCUCACUGAAGGAUUCACUUAAUGCUGUCUGCAAUGCCACCCAAGCUGCUCAUAGGAUACAUCUAAUGUUCCGAAUACAAUCUUUUCAGCGGAAAAAGUUGGAAACUGGUGAUUAUGCAUCUGAAUUCUCAGAUGAGCGUGCUAUUGGUCUUGUUGCUACUAAGAACCGAGGGACUUGGCUGAGUGAUGGGCUUGCUCACGGUGCUGCAAUACAAAUACAGAAGAAGUUCCGGGGUUGGAAAAAGAGGAAAGAAUUCCUUACUAUUCGACAAAGAAUUGUCAAAAUCCAGGCUCAUGUGAGAGGACACCAAGUAAGGAAGCAAUACAAGACUAUCAUCUGGUCAGUGGGAAUUCUGGAGAAAAUUAUACUGCGCUGGCGGCGUAAAGGCAGUGGUUUACGGGGAUACCGCUCGGAUGCACUGAAUAAGCACACUAGUCAGCAAGCUCUUCCCCAAAAAGAGGAUGAUUAUGAUUUUCUCAAGGACGGAAGGAAGCAGACUGAAGAGAGGUUGCAGAAAGCUCUCACAAGGGUGAAGUCUAUGGUUCAAUAUCCUGAAGCCCGGUCUCAAUAUCGAAGGCUGUUGAAUGUGGUUGAAGGGAUGCGAGAGAAUAAGACACAUGACAUGGUUUUGAGCAAUUCAGCAGAAGUAGCUGAUGGGGAAGAGGACCUUCUUGAUAUUGACUCUCUGUUGGAUGAUGACACAUUGAUGUCUAUAACAUUUGACUGAUCCUUUGUAACUCAAACUCCCAUUAACUUGUACAUAGAUGGGACGUGUCAUUGCUGCAGUGUAGGGGUUAUACAGGUGUUCUAUAGUGCAAAUUCUUUGUUUUUUCUCGAGCUUCAUUAGUAAUUUGUAAUGGUCAGAUAGCAUUUGUCAGAUAGGUUUCCAACUACAUGUUGACAUAAACUGUAAUUUCUAUUUAAGUUUUCAUCAUUCAGAUAAAUUAGGUCCUAGGUGAUCACAUUCCGCCGAAAGAUUGGCACCCCUUCGAAGUUGUCUCGACAUGGAUUGGCUGGAGAUCUUAUAAAGUUGAGAUUAAUGAGGGAGCUACUCCUGAUACAGCAGGGCAAUCGACUUUGCUUUAUGUUUUUCUUGUUAUAUAUUUACAUGAGAAUGGAUGUUUAUGACUUGGAUUGUAAAAGAGAUGAAAUGAUGAUGACAGCGGUUAUGGUAGUGUUCAUUUGCUCAAACAUUUGAGACACCAAAUUCGGUUUGUACUCAUAGAAAGAUAUGCCCAGGUGAAUGUUGGUUAUUUA